AUGAUGGGAAACCAGAACUGCCACGCCGAGAUCACCUUCGAUGAUAAUGUUAGGUGGCUCGCACGAUUUCGCCUCGCAAGGACCUCAUCACCGCCACGGGAAGUCUGUGAUUGGAUCCUUCGAAGCGAAGCUGCCACUAUGACUUACCUUCAGCGGUACACUUGUAUUCCCACGCCUGAAAUCUUUGAUUGGGCAUGCGAAUCCGAUCCAGGAAACCCCCUUGGAGUUGACUAUAUUCUAAUGGAAAAGCUGGACGGAAAGUCUCUAGAUUGGCAGACGGCGACUCCCCAGCAGAAAGAGAAGGUCAUGCAGCAGUUAGUUGAUAUUUCCCUCGAGAUUGAUAGGCAUCCUUUCGAAGAAAUGGGAUCACUUAUCUCAUCGGCGGGAGAUGUUAGCAAGCUUCAAGGUCUCGCACAUCAAUCGACGUUCCGGAUAGGGAAGGGGCCGCUCGGUCCAUUCUCUUCCUCGCUCCACGGCUCUCAGGUCAUCCUUGAGUCGUACCUCGCAAUGAUAGCUAGCGGCGAGAUUGACCCCUGCUAUCCGGUUAACACCUACCUCUUCCAUCGAUUUCGCCAGGAUAUUGUUAGCGCUCUCUUUAAAGACGCUCCACUAGGCGAACAGUUCUUUCUUAAGCAUCCGGACGAUAAGGGUGACCAUAUUCUGGUUAAUGACUGUUUUGAUAUUGUGGGUGUCAUAGACUGGGAAUGGACGCAAACCGUCUCUAAGGCGGAGGCAUUCUGUUCCCCGUGUAUGAUGUGGCCGGUGGCUGAGUUCUAUAAUGGCUUUAAUGAGUUAGCCGCGGAUGAAUUACGACUAGCUGCCAUCUUUCGCGAAAAGGGCCGUGAAGAUCUUGCCGUUUGUGUAGUCGAGGGCAGAAAGGCUCAGAGAUUUUUCUUCGCUCUUGGGCUUGAGAGUUCUUUUCUAGAUAUGCAGACAUUUCCACAUAUAUUCGCAGGACUUCAGCGGGCCUUCAGGUCGGAAGACGAGGAGUGGGGCGCAUGGAAGAUCAAGGCUCUCAAGAAAUGGAAAGAUGAUGACUUACUCCUUGGCUUGUUGGAACUAGAACAAAACGAGGAAGGAGGCAGGGCGAGGUGA